CGGCGCGCGCUCCCUCUCCUGUCGCUGGGGAGAAGCGCGGUUUCGGCUCCAGGGCGACCCAGCUGCCACGUCCCUCAGGGCUAAAAGCCUGCAGAGACUCAGCUUGUGCGGUGCUCUGGCCGCGCGGGCAGGAGUGAUUUUUCAUUCCUGGUCCCCGCGGGCUGGCAGUCUCGGGAUUCUAGCGUGAUUCUUAAUUCUUAGUGGAACUGAUGGGGACAGGCGCGCUGGAAUGCCCGUAGCCAGGAUUCAGUUAAGUUUCUACAGGAAGACAGAGACCAGUUUGGGCAAUACCGGUCGUUGAUCUCGGAAUCCUUAAUAGUUGAAAACCGAAGUCUCAUAAGCCAGAAUAGUCCUUGAGGCCACCUGGCGUGCCCCACAUAACGACAGACGAAGAAUUUUUAGGACUGGUAUAACAAAAUAACUUACUCCAUGACCUGUUCUAAAUAAAACGAGGGAGUGUGGCUUAAGAUGCUCCUACUGGUGCUGCGCUUCAAAGACCAAUGAAGACUUGGGUACAAGAUCAUGCUCGCCAAAUUAAUGAGACUAAGCCCUAGCUGCUGUCUCUCAUGUGGAGGAAAAGGCGCACUGAUCUUUGAGCAUUCACACAUAGCUUAAAUGACCAUUUAGUUGGACUAUGAAUAUAAACGGGUUUGUAAUUGCGUAAGUAGAUUUAAAGAGUCAUAACUACUGGUUUCAGCCGACUUUCGGUUCUCUAACGUCCCUUUCAGGGUGAACCAGGAAAACAGCUUUUCUCGCAGGAAGAAGCACCACCCUCAGGAAUCAGAACUGGAGAUGAUUGGCAGAUGCAAAUUUGGCGUGCAGAGAAAGGUACGCAGGCGCCGGAAGUGACGGAACCAGGAAGCGACUUAAUGCUCCGGAGUUGGGGGCGCGGUUUUGGAAAAUAGUAUGUCCGAGUGGAAUUCCUCGCAAGCCAGUUUUCCGAUCUGCAUCUAGGUACAUUUAUUUGUCACUAAGCCGUGUUUUUGUUUUUUGUUGUUUUUGUUUUUUGGCGCAGCGUCUCAGUGGCGUUUGGCGCUUUCUCACAGCACCCCAGAGAACGACAAACCCUGGACCCUGCUCACUCCUGAACGCAGCCCCUAAAGGCAUUUUGUUUGUGCUCUGCCAUUGGCUGGCAAGACUGUUGGCUGUAAUUCGGAAGAAAGAAAAAGAAAAGGGGGGGAAAACCGCUUCCCAACAUUUUCUUGAACAACUUAAAACAGAAAAAAGAAAUGCCUAUUUUUCAUAAGAUAUCUUUGAGACCUGAAGUUGAAAACUAUCUCAAACAGAGCUUUAUGAACGAGGAGGUUGUGUCUGCUUCAAGCAAACAAGAAGCAGAAAGGAGGUUUGAAGCUCUGCUGAUUCACCUGGCACACCCUCCAUCAUUCACAACUGUCAGAGUCAAUACACAUUUAGCAUCAGUUGAGCAUGUCAGAGGUCUGCUGCUCAACGAGCUUGAGAAGCAGUUCAGUGGAUCCAGUGUUCCUGUUCUUCAGCAUCCAGCCCUCCCAGACGUCUUACUCAUCCCUGUGACUGGACCAAGAAGGAAUAUAGAAAAGCAGCAGUGUGAAGUGAUUGUUGGAGCACAGUGCGGCAAUGCAGUAUUGAGAGGGGCCCAUGUCUACGUUCCAGGAAUCGUGUCAGCUUCAAAAUUUAUGAAAGCUGGAGAUGUUAUUUCCGUAUAUUCUGAUAUUAAAGGGAAAUGUAAGAAAGGAGCCAAAGAAUUCGAUGGAACUAAAGUAUUUCUUGGAAAUGGAGUUUCUGAACUAAGCCGUAAAGAUAUCUUCAAUGGGAUACCGGAUCUGAAAGGUAUAGGCAUAAGAAUGACAGAACCCAUAUAUCUCAGCCCUUCAUUUGAUAAUGUUCUCCCCAGUUACUUAUUUUUGCAGAAUUUGCCAUCUGCUGUUGUAGCUCAUGUUCUGAAUCCUCAACCUGGAGAGAAGAUUCUAGAUUUGUGUGCAGCACCUGGGGGCAAAACUACGCAUAUUGCAGCACUGAUGCAGGACCAGGGAGAAGUAAUAGCACUGGACAAAAUAUUGAAUAAAGUAGAGAAAUUAAAGCAGAAUGCUUCAUUAUUAGGGCUUCAUUCUAUCAGGGCGUUUUGCUUCGACGCAACAAAGGCAGUUAAACUUGAUAUGAUUGAUGGAACUGAAGGGACACCUCCAUUCUUACCAGAAUCUUUUGACCGAAUUCUCCUUGACGCACCUUGCAGUGGGAUGGGACAAAGGCCAAAUAUGGCGUGUACUUGGACCUUGAAGGAAGUGACAUCAUAUCAGCCACUGCAGCGAAAACUCCUUAAUGUGGCAGUUCAGCUGCUGAAGCCAGGGGGAGUGCUGGUUUACAGCACAUGCACAGUAACACUGGCAGAAAAUGAAGAGCAAGUUGCCUGGGCCCUCAAAACAUUCCCCUGCCUUCAGCUUCAACCCCAGGAACCACAAAUCGGAGGAGAAGGAAUGGUGGGAGCUGGCCUGUCACCGGAACAAUUGAAACAGCUGCAGCGAUUUGAUCCAUCUGUUGUGCCACUGCAAGACAUGGACACUGAUUGUCUGGGAGAUGCCAAAAGAGAAGACAUGAUCUGGCUGGCCAACAAGGAUUGUAUAGGCUUCUUUAUUGCAAAGUUUCUAAAAUGUAAAAGCACAGAAGAGAAAGUUUCUCGGAAAUGAAAAUUUGGAACACUGCAUGUUGCUUUUCUUACAUCAAAGUGUUGUGAGACCAAUGGACUGAUGGCAUGUUUGCUCUGUGAACAGGAAGAUGGUAACAUUUUCCAGGGGAUCAGAGGCACAGUGUGCAUAUGUGGCCCUGGAGAAGUGGGGGGGGGUGGUGCUGGGAAACCAUAAUCUGCCUUACAUGAUACAAAAGGAAAGGAAGAAUUCUCUGUAGAGUUGGGAUACACUGUCAGUUUUAACUCACAAAUAUUAGUCUUUCUAAUGUGAAAAAUAGUCUAAAGACAGAAGAAUAAAACUAAACCUUUCA